AUGUAUGGAAGUGCAAGAACAAUCAGUAAUUUGGAAGGCAGUCCUUCCAGGUCUCCUCGUUUGCCAAGAUCUCCUCGUCUGGGCCACAGGAGAACAAGCAGCGGGGGAGGUGGAGGAACGGGUAAGACACUAUCAAUGGAGAACAUCCAGUCCCUUAAUGCAGCCUAUGCAACAUCUGGACCGAUGUAUCUUAGUGACCAUGAAGGUGUAGCAUCUACUACUUUCCCAAAGGGCACAAUGACUCUUGGAAGGGCUACAAAUCGAGCUGUGUAUGGUGGUCGAGUCACAGCCAUGGGGAGUAGUCCAAAUAUUGCUUCAGCUGGACUUUCUCACACAGAUGUCCUUUCUUAUACUGAUCAGCAUGGAGGUCUGACCACAUCUUCACAUCAUCAUCAUCAUCAAGUUCCCUCUAUGCUGAGACAGGUAAGGGAUAGUACCAUGCUAGAUCUACAGGCUCAGCUCAAGGAACUACAAAGAGAGAAUGAUCUUCUGAGAAAAGAACUGGAUAUCAAGGACAGUAAGCUGGGAUCUUCCAUGAAUAGCAUCAAGACUUUCUGGAGUCCUGAGCUAAAAAAGGAAAGAGUCUUGAGAAAAGAAGAAGCUGCCAGAAUGUCAGUUCUUAAAGAGCAGAUGAGGGUUUCUCAUGAAGAGAACCAGCAUUUGCAACUGACCAUCCAGGCACUUCAAGAUGAGCUUCGGACUCAGAGAGACCUUAAUCAUCUUCUUCAACAAGAAAGCGGAAACCGAGGAACUGAGCAUUUUACUAUUGAGCUUACAGAGGAGAAUUUUCGAAGACUUCAGGCAGAACAUGAUAGACAGGCUAAAGAGCUCUUUCUCUUGAGAAAAACUCUAGAAGAAAUGGAGUUGAGAAUUGAAACACAAAAGCAAACACUAAAUGCCAGAGAUGAAUCAAUAAAAAAGCUUCUAGAAAUGUUGCAAAGUAAAGGUUUGCCAUCCAAAGGAAUGGAAGAUGACAACGAAAGAGCUCGAAGGAUGGCCGAGGCUGAAUCUCAGGUUAAUCAUUUAGAAGUGAUUUUAGACCAGAAGGAGAAGGAAAACAUACAUCUUAGAGAGGAACUACACAGAAGAACCCAACUUCAGCCUGAACCAGCAAAGACAAAAGCUCUUCAGACAGUUAUAGAGAUGAAGGACACAAAAAUAGCUUCACUUGAACGCAAUAUAAGGGAUCUCGAAGAUGAAAUACAGAUGUUAAAGACAAAUGGAGUUCUGAAUAUAGAGGACCGAGAAGAAGAGAUCAAACAAAUAGAAGUUUACAAGAGUCACUCAAAGUUCAUGAAAAAUAAGAUUGACCAAUUGAAACAGGAACUUUCAAAGAAAGAAUCAGAACUUCUCGCCUUACAAACUAAGCUUGAAACCCUUAGCAAUCAGAAUUCAGAUUGCAAGCAACACAUUGAAGUGCUUAAAGAGUCGCUUACUGCCAAAGAACAGAGAGCUGCCAUACUUCAGACAGAGGUUGAUGCCUUGAGAUUACGACUGGAAGAAAAAGAAACUUUUCUUAAUAAAAAAACAAAACAACUGCAAGACCUCACAGAAGAGAAGGGAACCUUGGCUGGAGAGAUUCGAGAUAUGAAAGACAUGUUAGAAGUAAAGGAAAGAAAAAUCAAUGUCCUUCAGAAAAAGAUUGAAAAUCUACAGGAGCAACUUAGGGAUAAAGAUAAACAGCUAAGCAAUUUAAAAGAUAGAGUGAAAUCAUUGCAGACGGAUUCCAGUAACACGGACACAGCUCUAGCAACAUUAGAAGAAGCUCUGUCAGAGAAGGAGAGAAUAAUAGAGCGCUUGAAGGAGCAGAGGGAACGGGAUGACCGAGAAAGACUGGAAGAAAUAGAAUCCUUUAAAAAGGAAAACAAAGACUUGAAGGAGAAAGUUAAUGCUUUACAAGCUGAACUAACAGAGAAGGAGUCUAAUUUAAUUGACCUCAAAGAACAUGCAUCAUCAUUGGCAUCAACAGGGCUGAAAAGAGACUCCAAAUUAAAGUCUUUAGAAAUAGCCAUAGAACAAAAGAAAGAAGAAUGUAGUAAGUUGGAAGCACAGCUGAAAAAGCAAGCUGAACAGUUGUUCAAUCAGAUGUACAAUCCAGCUCAUGAAGCUGAAGAAGAAGCUCGGCUGAACCCAGAAUUUGCAGACAGAAUGAAACAGCUUGACAAAGAGGCAUCUUACUACAGAGAAGAAUGUGGCAAAGCUCAAGCUGAGGUUGACAGACUUCUAGAAAUCCUCAAGGAAGUGGAGAAUGAGAAGAAUGACAAAGAUAAGAAAAUUGCUGAGCUAGAAAGACAUAUGAAAGAUCAAAACAAGAAAGUGGCCAAUCUGAAGCACAAUCAACAAAUGGAAAAAAAGAAGAAUGCUCAGUUGCUGGAAGAAGUUCGUAGGCGAGAAGACAAUAUGACAGACAACUCUCAGCACUUGCAGUUAGAAGAACUGAUGAAUGCACUGGAAAAGACCAGACAAGAAUUGGAUGCUACCAAAGCCCGUCUUGCCUCAACACAGCAGUCUCUGGCUGAGAAAGAAGCACAUCUGGCUAACCUCAGAAUAGAGCGGAGAAAACAGCUUGAAGAAAUAUUAGAAAUGAAGCAGGAAGCACUGCUUGCUGCAAUCAGUGAAAAAGAUGCAAACAUUGCCUUGCUUGAACUGUCUGCUUCAAAGAAGAAGAAGACUCAAGAGGAAGUAAUGGCUCUUAAACGAGAGAAAGACAGAUUAGUGCAUCAGUUAAAACAGCAGGUCUAUAGAAAUAGGAAACAGCCCCUGAGCAUGAACAUAUCAUCCAUUUGUGAUGCUGACUUCAUCACAGACAUUGCUGCCAAGUACCUGGGUUCCAGCCAUGAUGCACAUAUGUCUCAGACACAGAACAGAAUGAAACUGAUGGCAGACAACUAUGAUGAUGACCAUCACCACUUCCACCACCACCACCAUCACCACCAUCACCGGUCUCCUGGGAGGACCCAGCACUCAAAUCACCGACCCUCUCCAGAUCAGGAUGGUUAUUUCACUACUCCUGCACCACGCAGAUGCUGCUACGUGAUUACGUGA